AUGUUCUCCUUCAAUGCCGACUCUGGGGUUUGCAAGUCGGACCUGAUUGGAAGGGAGCUGCAGUAUAAUUUGCAGGAGACAUUCCCCGUGCUCCAAGAUCAAUCAGCGAAAAGAGUCAAGCCGGACCCAGGUAUUGAUCUAUUUCAGCUGGUCUACGGUCGCUUUUCCGUGUUUGAUCAAGCGAAGACGCUCUAA